AUGAGUGAGGAUAGUAAAGUUGGCAAGAAAAAUGGAAUUUUAUCAUUCUUUAAAAAUACAAAAAAGGAUACAUCAAAAAAUAAAAUUAUUAAUGAAGAAACUCGUACUUCUAUUGAUAAUAAGAAUUCCAAUAAUGUAAUUGACCUUGAUAAUAUUGAUGAUGAUGAUGAUGAUGAUCGAAGGGAGCAUUCGGUGCACGAAAUAGAUAUAGAAAAAAUGGGUGCAGGGGCUGGCUCUGUUACUGUACCUGAAUCAAAGGAUAGUGAAACAAAACCAUUAGACAACGCCAAGGAAUCAACCGUCGAUUCCAUUGAUCUAUCUAAUGAUAUUCUAAAACCAAGUGUAGAAAAUACAACUAAUGCUAAGAAGGAAGGUAUUAAUGAAAAGAUCAAUGAUAGUAUCGAAAAGAAAGGUUUAAAAGAAAUUGAAAAAAAGAAGAAAGCAGAAGAAAAAUUGAUUGUAAAGAAACAGAAAGAGGAAGAAAGAUUAAAACAGAAACAAGAACGUGAACAAGACAGAUUACGACUCAAAGAGCAAAAAGAAGAAGAAAAACGUAAAAAAGAACAAGAGAAACAAAAACUUAAAGAACAACGUGAAGAUGAGAAACGUAAACGUGAAGAAGCUAAAUUGAAGGCUAAACAAGAACGUGAAGUAGAAAAAGCCAAAAAGGAUGAAGAGAAAAGGAAAAGGGAAGAACAAAAGAAAAAAGAAGAACAAGCCAAAGAAAGAUCUCAAACUCGUAUUGCUAGUUUCUUCAAGAAAGUCAGUGAUAAGAAUAAACCUGAAACUUCAAAAUCUGAUUAUGAAUCAUCCUUUUUACCAUUUUAUGCAAGAGAUGGUAUUAUAAUGCCAACUACAACUCUUACAACAAAGGAUGAAUUAAAAGAAAAGAUGAAUGCAAUUGAUGAUAAAUUAAAAAACCCAACAACCGAGGAUACUGUAAAUGAAACAAAACUGUGGUUAUCGUCGCGUUAUAAGGCUAGAGAUAAAGGUAUAAGUUAUAAAGCUGUUACUUUAUUACAACAGAUGACAGCCAAAGAUAAAAGUGAUGAAGAAUUACGUGCAUUAUUAUCAUUAGUACCUCAAAAAUAUAUUAAAUUUUAUGAAAAUGUUAGACCUCCUUAUAUUGGAACAUACUCAAAGGACACAAAACUACCAAUUGAGAAUCCUUUCUCUACAGAGGGUACAAACUAUAAUUAUUCAUACGAUUCCGACCUUGAAUGGGUAAAUGAAGAAGAAGAUGCAGACGGUGCUGGAAUUGAUAAUCUAGAGAGUGGAGAGGAAGAAGAAGAUGAAGAAGACGAUGAUGAAGGAAGUGAGAAUGAAUUUGAUGGAUUUUUGGAUAAAGAGGAAUCUGGUAAUUCAGGUAAUAACAACAAGAAAUUUAUUGGACCAUUAAUACCGACUGUACUUCUUCGUAUUAAUAUCCAGAAUAUGGAUGAUGAUGAUAAAAAUUAUUUCAAUUUAACCUCUGCAGAAGCAUUAAUAUCUGAUAUAUCACUUCCAAUUGAUCCACAUCAAAAGAUACGAAGUGCGACACAGUCAAGAAUUUCGGCUAGUACAUCUCCUUCAAAGAGAUCCGCAGAUGCAUCAGAUAAUAAUAGCAACAACAAUAAUAGUGGCUCAUUAGAGAGUCCCGACAAGAAAAAAGCUAAGUUGUUAAUAACUGAUCCAAAGGAUCUUUUAAAAUUGUUUGAUGAAAUUCAAGAUAGUACAUUUUCAUUGGGAACUGUAACUGAAAUAUCUCAAAAGAGUUUACCUAAUUACAAUAAACAAACAAUUAAAAAUACGGUCAAAGAAUAUGCUAUUAGAGGUUCUGGGAAAGGUGAUAACCCACGUAAAUGGCAGAUAAAAGAUAUAUCUCACUGGGAACAAUUACGGAGUAGCAUAUGA